UUGAAAUCUUUUUGUUUCAGAGUACACAAAUAUAAUUCAAGAUGGACGACGAGGUUAUGAGGUUCGAGAUCACGGACCAGGAUCUUGAGGAUGAGAUGACCUCCAGCUACGGAAAGAAAAGAACGAGUAAAAAUAAACAGAUUUACGGAGUUUGGGCAGAUAAAAGCGAUAGCGAGGAGGACGAGGGUCCGAGUAUAGGAAGUUAUGCUGGUACAAAGCGUGGGAAAAAGGUUGAUUACACCGCUUCUAUGAACUUCGUAUCAGCCGGGAUAGCAGGGAAAGAAAAGAAGAAGGAAGGAGAUGAAGAGGACGAGGAGGGAGGAGAAGAGAUGAGAGCUAGGGGUAUAGAGAGUGGAGGAGACUCAAGUGAUGAUGACAGGCCAAGGUUUGGAGGAUCAGGUCGGGGUGGAGGAUCAAUGUUUACACCUCGAGCUGCUGGAAGAAUGGAGGAUGCUGGACAGAUUGCAGGAAUGCGAACACAGAAUUUUUUCCAGCCACAAAGUCUUGGAAAGGGGUUCGGAGACUGGGAAAAACACACGAAGGGUAUUGGUGCUAAACUGCUGUUAAAGAUGGGAUAUAAGGCGGGGGGAGGACUGGGGAAGAACCUGGAGGGUCGAGCACAGAUCGUAGAGGCAUUCGUGAGGAAGGGGAAGGGGGCGAUCGGAAGAUACGGCCCUGAGGGAUCCAGACCCAAAACAGGAAAGGCUGACAGCGAGGAUGAAGAGGAGGCUGAGUUUAAAUCUAAACUUAGGCAGUGGAAGACUGUUAACGAGGUUGGAGGGAAGAAAAGAACUGCUGAAUAUGUUUACAAGUCUGUUGAAGAGGUACUGGAGGAAGGAAAGUUCAGGAAGAUCAAGAGAGAUGAUCAGAAAACAUCUACGGUUAAGGUUAUUGAUAUGACAGGACGUGAGGAGCGUGUUUUAACCGGUUAUCAGUCUAUAUCCGGACAGCAGAGACCGGAUGAGGAUGGUUUCUCUUCAAAACACCAUCUUUCCUCUCAGGGUAAAAAGAAAAGAAACUUUGAGCUACCGGAGUUAAUUCAUAAUCUAAACUUGUUGGUAGAUAUGUGUGAACAGGAUAUAAUCCAAGCUGACCGGCAGCUGGUUCAUCACAAGGACCGAGUAUCCCUCCUGGACAGUGAGGGGGAGAAGCUGAGUAUCCUGGUGGACAGGGAGAAGGAUCAGAUAGAGAGCUUGGAGCAGAUCAUUGCUGUUAUUGACAGGUUGGAACAGAAGUUUGUAGAUGGAACCCUGGAUAUGGAACUUGCACUCAAAGCGUUCCAGAGACUUAAAGACGAGUUCCAGAAAGAAUUCAGAGAGUUUGAACUUCAGUAUGUUGCCUCCACUAUUGUUGUCCCCCUGGUGAAGAGCUCCCUACUGGGUUGGACCCCCCUGGCUGGGAAGAAUGAAAGUAUUCCUCACCUCACAACGUUCACUCAGUGGAGGGAUAUAUUGGAGGAGGAGAGUAAUCAGUUUAUUCUUCAACCAGGUCCUUCUGAGCCAAUGCCAGCGUAUCACACUCUGUUAUGGGAAGCCUGGAUUCCUACAGUUCGGUUAGCAGUUCAGAGAUGGCAGUCUAGACAACCAGAUUCACUUAUAGGUUUCCUUGAAUUGUGGAGACCUCUACUCCCGAACUGGAUUCUCCAAUAUAUUCUGGAUCAGAUGGUUCUAAUCAGACUCCAGGCUGAGGUUGAGAUGUGGAAUCCCUUGACGGAUACAACUCCAAUACACACCUGGAUACACCCCUGGCUUCCUCCUCUAGGAAACAAGUUGGAUAUUGUGUAUCCUACUAUCAGGAAUAAGCUGGCGUCUGCUCUGGCAAACUGGCAUCCCGCGGAUAGAUCGGCGCGAAGCAUCCUGGCUCCCUGGGCCGAGGUCUUUACUAAAGGAUCUAUGAACGCGUUUCUUCUGAACAAUAUAAUUCCUAAACUAGAAGCUGCACUGCUUCAUCUACCCAUUAAUCCAAUAAAUCAGGAUUUGACCCUAUGGCACGCUGUAGUGGAUUGGACCGGACUGGUGCCCCCAGCUGCUCUAGCGGAUAUAAUUGCGGUCAACUUCUUUCCUAGAUGGUUACAGGUUUUGGCUGCUUGGUUAAAUUCUAAUCCUAACUAUACUGAAGUAACUGCCUGGUACCAGGGUUGGAAGGGGGUUAUACCCACUCCUAUACUAGCUCAUCCUAGAGUAGUAGAACAUAUACAGCAGGCACUACACAUGAUGAACAGAAGUGUUGUUGGAGGUCCCAUGUCCCAGCAACCUGGAGCUCUAGAGAACGUCAAGUACUUGACCACCAGGGAAUUUGAGACGAAUCGACUGAAGCCUGCAGGUUUGGAUGUAGGAAACAAAAACAAGUUUGAUUCAAUCUCAGAAGCAGUGAAAACCAGUUCUCAGAUACCCCAGGGAUUCAAGGAUAUGAUUGCUCGGAGAUGUGAGGAAAGGGGAACUAUUUUCAGACCUGUUCCUGGUCGGCUGCGCGAGGGUAAACAAAUAUACCUGGUUGGCCGGCAGCACUGCUACCUGGACCGUAAUGUUAUUUUCGUCCAGGACGAUACAAGAUGGGUUCCUACCUCACUUAAUAGUCUUAUAGACAAUGCUUAACAUCAUGUUCAGUAAUUUGCGUCCAGGAAAAUAUAUAAUCAUUCUAAAUAA